AAUUCAUAAAAGUAGGUCAAACGUUUUUCUGACGGGCAACACAUCGAUGUAUUUUUAAUUACAUGCUUGGAUAACUUAUAAAUGUCCGACCUACGGUUGAAUUAUGAACAAGACAUACCCAAGCGACCUCGUAAAUACAAUUGAGUGCAAGCAAGGAGCUGUAAGAGCUGUACGGUUCAAUGCUGAUGGCAAUUACUGUAUCACUUGUGGCAGUGACAAAUCUGUUAAAUUAUGGAGUCUUAAAACUGGGGCCCACUUAAAAACCUACAGUGGCCAUGGCUAUGAAGUACUAGAUGCACAGGGAUCGUGUGAUAAUUCCCAGCUUUGCUCAUGUGGAAUGGAUAAGACAGUGGUAUUGUAUGACGUUGCGUCAGGACGUAUUCUAAGAAAGUAUAGGGGGCAUGCAGGGACUGUAAAUUGUGUUAAGUUCAAUGAAGAGUCAACGCUAUUGUUAUCAGGAUCAUUAGAUAGUUCAGUGAGAAUCUGGGACUGUAGAAGUAGAAAUAUGGACCCAGUUCAGGUCCUUGAUGAAGCAAAGGACAGUGUCACUUCAAUACAAGUCUCUGACUAUGAGAUUCUGACAGGUUCAGCAGAUAAUAAAGUGCGCAGAUAUGAUAUCAGGAAUGGCAAAAUGAACUCAGACUAUAUUGGAGCAACUGUGACCUGUGUGAACUUUACCCAAGAUGGACAAUGUACAUUGGCUAGUACCCUGGACAAUUGUAUCAAACUCCUUGAUAAAGACACUGGAGAGAUGCUUAAUGAGUUCACAGGACAUAAAAACACCAGUUAUAAGAUAGACAGUUGCCUAAGUAGCAAUGAUACAUAUGUGCUGAGUGGAUCUGGAGAUGGGAACGUUUUUAUUUGGGAUUUAUUAGAGGCUAAAGUAACCAAGAAGCUCCCACAUGGUAAAGCAACAGUGCAUUCAUUGACCUAUCAUCCUGAAGAGACAGUUCUUGUAACUGCAAGUGAGGGGAAGAUCUAUAUAUGGUGCUCCAAAGAUAGACCGUUUGUUACAAUGGAAAACACUGAAAAAACUUGAAGGUCUUCUUUACUAGAGGAUAUUGAAGGUGUAUGAACCUUCUGAGUAACAUGAUGGUUCUAAGCUGCCAUAUUGAUCUUUGUGGGUUAAAUAGUGG